CGCCACCCACGGUCGAAGCCAUGUUCGCCCUGACCCGACCCGCGCCCCUCGCGCCCGUUCGCGCGCGCCCGGCUUCCACCCGGCGCAUCGCCAAACGCGCCCCCGCCGCCCCCCGCGCGUCGUCCCAGGACGAGGAGGCCGCGGACUCGUCCGCCUACCGCGCCGCGAACAGCGGCGACGACGAGCCCGCGGGGCUGAUCGGGAAGCUCGUCAGCAACCUCCCCGACGGUCGCAAGGCGUCCGCGCCCGAGUCGUACGGCAGCAGGCCGAAGUCCAAGACGCUGGAGGAGGGGAGGUACCGCAGGCCGCCGCCCGAGCGCGUGGGCGGCGUGACCGAGGACGCCGUGCGAGGGGACGACUACGAGGUGGUCGACGGCCCGUCGUUCGGCGUCGGCACCUUGGUCGGCGUCCUCCUGGCGAUCGCUACGCUGGGAGGCGCGUACCUCACCGUGGAGAAGCUGCAGCAGGGGCCGGUGGCGCCGAGGGAGGGAGCCGUCAGGAUGCCCGCCACCGACCGCUCCUAAACGCACGCGCCGGAGGAGUCAUUAGCACCGGGGAAUAAAAAAGGAACACUCUGACACACG